UCGGAGGAAAGUGCCGGGGUCUGCGGGCAGCGACCUUCCCGGCCGGGCUCGCCCCGCCAGCGCCGGGAGGGAGGAUGGCUGCAGCUCCUCCAAGUUACUGUUUUGUAGCCUUCCCCCCGUGCUCUAAAGACGGGCUGGUGGUAUUUGGGAAGAACUCUGCACGGCCCAGGGAUGAAGUACAGGAGGUGGUUUACUUUGCUGCUGCAGAGCAUGAGCCAGGGAGCAAAGUUGAGUGCACGUACAUUGAGAUCGAGCAGGUGCCGAAGACUCACGCCGUGGUGCUGAGCAGACCCUCCUGGCUUUGGGGGGCAGAAAUGGGAGCCAACGAGCACGGGGUGUGUGUAGCCAACGAAGCUGUCCUGACCAGAGAACCAGCUUCUGAGUCUGAAGCCCUGCUUGGCAUGGAUCUUGUCAGACUUGGCCUAGAAAGAGGUGCAACAGCUAAAGAAGCAUUGGAUGUAAUAGUUGCUCUGUUGGAAGAGCAUGGACAAGGUGGAAAUUAUUAUGAAGAUGGGAGUUCAUGCCAUACUUUCCAAAGUGCAUUUUUGAUUGUGGACAGAAAUGAAGCCUGGAUACUGGAGACUUCUGGAAAGUAUUGGGCAGCUGAAAAAAUCACAGAGGGAGUGAAAUGCAUUUGCAAUCAGCUUUCAUUAACUACAAAAAUUGAUGCUGAGCAUCCUGAACUAAGGAAUUAUGUGAAAAGUCAAGGCUGGUGGAACGGAGACUCAGACUUCAAUUUUUCUGAAGUGUUUUCUCUUGCUGAUGACCAUUUAGCCUGUUGUUCUGGCAGGGAGAGCCUAGAAAAGCAAGGUGGUGACGUUUCUGCUCAAGCUAUGAUUGAUGUCCUGCGUGACAAGGAUAGUGGUGUCUGUGUGGACUCUGAAUCUUUCCUUACUACAGCUAGCAUAGUGUCUGUUCUGCCUCAGGACCCUAGUUUUCCCUGUAUUCAUUACUUCACUGGCACGCCAGACCCUUCAAGGUCCAUAUUUAAACCCUUUAUUUUUGUCGAUGAUGUGAAAUUAGUACCAAAAGUACAGUCUCCUUCUUUUGGCAAUGAUGAUCCUGCUAAAAAGAUACCUCGAUUCCAGGAGAAACCUGAUCGUAGGCAUGAAUUGUACAAGGCACACGAAUGGGCCCGAUCUCUCCUGGAGAACGAUCAGGAUAAAGGCCAGAAACUGAUGAGGAUUAUGUUAGACCUUGAAAAACAAGGUUUAGAAGCAAUGGAAGAUAUCCUUUCUCGUACAGAGAUUCUGGAUCCAGCUGAAGUAGUGGAUCUUUUCUAUGACUGUGUUGACACAGAACUAAAGUUCUUCAAAUAAACUACAAUGGCAAUUGUUAGCCUUUUCACUGGAAGACUGCAAUAUUCUUCAAGCCUUGAAAGAAAGUCUUCACACUUGUGACUUUGCAGGAAAAAACAUUUCUAGAGGAAAAAAUGUUACUUGCUAGCUGUAUCCGGUUAACAAAUUGCUUUCCUUCGUCCAAUCUUGUGGUGUUCCCGUUUGUGUAUGUAUAUAGUGAAAGGAGAAAGUCACUGACUGGUCCAAUUACUGUGUGCAUGCUGGCUAAUUUAGUGCAGAAUGUUAAAACAUGUAUGUUGGGCAACCAAUUAAAGUAAAGAUUUAACUUCAUCAGGCUAAUUGCCAUAUUGUCAUUGAAAGCAAUCUGGUUUUCCCUCUGUUGCUCAGGACUAGGCUUGCAGCAAAGCUGACUUGCAUUUUUCUCUUCUUGCUAAUUCAUACAGAGUUGAAAUGGUAGAGUUGAAAUCACGGUUUGAGACAGCCAGGAAGGUAAGUCCUGGUUCUUGUCCUUGUUGUGCUGGCCUCAUAGGCUGUAUCUGGUUGCAGUAACUCAGCACCUGACAUUAUGCCUGUACAAAUUAUCACAAUUAAGUCCCCAGGUUAAGUUCUGCCUUUGCCCUCAGCCAGCUUGUGUUUGUAGUGCACCUGGCUGCUGCUCCAGAACUGAGUACUGAAGUGCAGAGCCAGCCUGGAUGCUGUAGAGAUCUACACAUAUUGGCUCUUAACAUGCAAUUAAUAAGUGUCUGAUUUAUAUACAAGCUACAGAUUUGGAAUUUUUUAAAGGAAUAGGUGCUGGACAUUGAUAAAUGCCUGGUUAUUCUCCAUCUUUCUGCCUUUGUACUGCUGAACAGUUGUACUGCUGAACAGUUCCUAGUGAUCUCUGUUGUGACAUACAUGGCUGAUGAAACCUUUAAGUACCAGCAAGUUGUGGUGGGUGUGGCAAUCCAACUGAUUAGGCUUAGGAAUGGCUGUCCUAUGCUUCCUUGCAUUCAGUGCAGUGCUGCAGCAUGCUUCCCUUCCUCCACAGCCCUACAGGCAGGCCUGCUUUUCAUUGUAUUCUCUUCUUGUGGAAGUGGGAUAGGGCAAACACUGAGAAUUAAACCAGUAAACACUGUGUCCAGUGAAGAGGGUUGGUGGGGUUUUUUCAUACAGGAGGCUGAAAGAUGUCCAUGUCUUUAAUAAGUGGAAGUUAACUUAUGGAGUUAAAAUCCUUCACUUUUUGGGAAAGUGGAUGGUGAAGAACCACGUGUUUUUGUAUUGAGGAAGUAAAAGCUCCUUAGAAAG